AUUUAGACACAUUCAUCUCGUCAAGAGCUGAGUCAGUGACAGCACCUGUGGCGCUUACAAUCUGAGCCGUUUCUCAGGAUGGCGUAUCUGCUUCCACUGUGCUUGACCGUCCUGCUCUGCAUGAGUGGACAAAGCGAUGCUGGUCAACUAACCCUGAACAAUGAGGACUCUGUAGAGGUCCAGCUUGACCGGCCAUUCCUCUACUUUGGAACAUGGCACACUAAGUUAUAUCUUGCCAGGAAUGGCUUCCUGGCCUUUUUUCAGCCACUUCUUCCAGAUGCUAACCCUGAUCCACAUAUUGCCAAAGACAUUAUCGCUCCACUGUGGACUGACAUUGAGACUAAUAAUACAGGAAUUAUUUCCUACGAUCAAGCCACAAGUGGUAAUCUUAUUCAAGUUGUUACAAAUGACAUCAACAUUUUACUCCCUGGGGUGAACUUCUCUGCUUCCUGGGUCUUUUUGUGCAAGUGGACACGUGUGCAUCUUGGACAUGAUGCAGGAGAGGCAAAUUUUCGAGUAUUCUUGACCUCCAAUGAUGAUAAUGAGUCUUAUAUCUUUAUGAUAUAUGAUGACAUUCCACCUACUGAUCAAGUCUGGCUGGCUGGCUAUAGUGCCAAGAACAACAUCAAUUUUGUGAACAUCCCAGUACAUAACAUCACUGACCUGUCUUCAGGAACUAAUAUCGAAUUGGGAGGGCGCUGGGUUUUCAAAGUUCAAAGAAGAGCUUACGACAACUGUGAGAAACUGCACUGCACUAAGAAUGAGGUGUGUGUGGAGAGAUCAGGGUUUUACGGCUGUAAAUGUUCAACAAACCAUACAAGACCCCGUGCUGAGACUUUUGAUGCCUCUGAGAUCUGUGAAAGCAGCUCUGGUUCACUGUAUCUGUCGCGCUGUCAGCUCUUUGAAGCCGGAUAUCCUGCAGAGCUCCUCCACCUGAACAAUUUCAAAUGCAAAGGGAAGAUUGAAGAUGACCAAGUGGUGUUCAGGUUUGACAACGAUGACAACAUCUGUGGCACAAUUCUGAAGCGCAAUGAGACACACAUCAUCUACGAGAACUCUGUUCAGUUUUUUGGUAAUGGAGAUACGGGUCUGAUUAGUCGUGAAAAAUGGCUGAACAUAACCUUCUCCUGUGUGUAUCCACUCAUCCAGAGCAUCUCCAUGCCCAUGGUCAUUGAAGCCAAAAACGGUGUGGUCAGCAAGGAGCUGUCUACAGAGGGGUCAUAUGAAAUACGUAUGCUCCCCUUUCCCAAUGCUUCAUUCAUCGAGCCUUAUUUUGGGAAUGUCACACUUGACGUGAACCAGGAGAUCUUCGUGGCUGUGGCGGUGGAUGGAGUUGACGAACGUCACAUUGCUAUAGUUCUGGACAGCUGCUGGGCCACUCCAGACAAUGACAUGAACAACACCCAUCGCUGGCCUCUUAUCGUUCAUGAGUGUCCCAACGCUAACGACAGCACAGUGCAGGUCCUGCAGAAUGGACUUUCGACAGUCAGCGCCUUCUCCUUCAAGAUGUUCACAUUCACUGGCCAGUCUGAAAGUAUCUACCUGCACUGCAAGGUUCAUCUGUGCCUGCUAGUGGGAGGUGACUGCGCACAGCACUGUGACAAUGAGGGUCAAAGAAGAACAACAAAGAGACCUUUGGACUUCCAUGACACAACUGCCAUUACAAUGGGCUUGUAAUGUGCUUAUCCUAAGAUCACAAAUGUUAUGCAGGGCUCUGUUAUGAUCUGUAUGUUUAUUUCAUCACAUUAAUCACAGUUUUGCAAUUACUUUAAAGUCAAUAAUCUAUGAGUAAGAAAAUAUCCUUCUGAAGAGGUUGAGGAUAUUUUGUUAGUGCUGGAAAUCUAUAUGAUUGCAUUCUUUUCUCCUGCCUUAAUUCUCUUAAUAAAUCUAUCCUAAGCAUUUUACAUUCUGCAAGAGUAAACCAUCUUUGAACAUUCACCACUAAAUAAAUUUAUUACUGCUCA